GUCGGGAAGAUGAAAUCGUUUGGGUAUUUGACAUUUGGCCUACUCAUCAUCACCGCGUGCAUCAGUGCCGGUGUAGAAGCUCGUCGCCUGGCCCUUCGCCCAUUGUCUGGAAGGGAACUUCGCCGAGCUCUGAGGGAAUCCGGCAUAGACACGCAUUCUGAAGCUGGAAGAUCGGUAGCCUCUGCCUUGGCCGGGCUCAGUGGAUUUGCCCUGGGCAUCACCAAAGGAGUGGGCGGCUCCAUUCUGUUCGAUGUGGUCACCUCGAAUGUGACGAUUGACUACCUUACCAGUCUGCUGAACUCCACCGCCUCUUCAACGAAUUCAAGCAGCACCGGCACCGCCCAGGAGAUCUGCUUUAAUAGCCGCAGUGUCGACGGAGAGGUGAUCAAUGGAAGGAGCAAUGAUGACAUGGAUGAAGGGCAAUGGAGACAGGAUACUACUACUGGCGUUAGCUCACCUACUACAACUUCACUAACUACUUCUCCAGGUACUACUACAGGUACUACUACAGGUACCGGUACCGGCAAUCCUGGAAUCACCUGCAUCGUCCUCUCUAAAGGACGUCGCAGGCGUCAGCUGCAAAUUCGACCUGGAACAUUGCGUUCUGCGACCACCAAACGUCGUUCAUCUCACCGCCCGUCACUGAAAAAGUACCGCAGGCAUAGGCUCUAA